AACUUUACUUACUUUACAGAUUCAGAUUAUUAAUACAAAAUAUAAUCACAUUACAAUCAAAUGACACAUAUUACUGGGUGCAUUCCAUAUUUAAAACACACAAAUAUUGACAAUUUGUAUAAUUGUUAUUAUGGCACAGCCCCACCAAUGAAACAUUUCCACCACCAGCCGUCACUGAUGAUGGCCUAGUGUUUAUUUACACUGAUGCAUUUGAAACCAUAGUUUCCGCAAAGGUGACAAAGAUUGCUAUCUCUGCAGCCACAAUGAACACAGUAGCCUCCAUUUAAAGGGCCAAGGAAGAAAUGCAACGCCCCUCCACGUCGCUUCAGUUCCUGUGCGUAAUUCGGUGUUUCCAAAGGCGCUCCAGUUGUUGUGCGCGCGAGGGGGUCGCAUCCAGAUGUGUGUGUUUUCCUUUACGGCGCGAGACGAAGACGACGUCGAGGAGCCUCUGGACCAAUCAAAGCAGCCCGGAGGCGGGUCGUCGUCGUGUGUGUGUGGACUGUUGUGGAUAUGGAAAAAAUGGACAAUUUAACACGCACAUUCAUCAUUCACAUCCCGACGGAGGAGACCUGCGCUUUGCACAAGGAAUUGAUUCGCAAAUGCCCGGCCGUGGCGUGAAAAGGAAAAACUACCAGAGAGGGGAGAGGAGAAGAAGAAGCCUGGUUCUCCACCCGGAGGGGCCUUGCAGACGGCAGUCGCGCCAGGCACCAUGAGGCAGCAAGCUUGGCCUGAGAGAGCGGAGAAAUCACCCUUCAUCACUCUCAACCAGGCUGGGCAGCGGAAGAAAUGCACACAGAAGCAGCAGCAGUGCAUGCCACAGCAGACACAGGCGGAUACACACAUCUGAGAGUGCGGCGGAGAGCAAAUGGGGAAGGCAGAAAGAGGCUGAGAGAGGGGAGUCAGUAACUCAGAUUGCAUCAUCCUAAAUGGCAAAGUGGACUGGGCCACCCUCCGAGGCAGUGAUGUCCUUGUUAACGCAUUGUCCUUCGUUAAAACCUCCUUGUUAGAAGUCACAAGUCAGUCCCCCGCCCCUGUGAGGCCACAGAGCUGAGGGGCAGAGGAGAGGAAAAACCAGAGGACGAGAGAGAGACAGAGCGGAAAAAAGAGACUGUGACAGGCCCCCAUGCAGGCGCGUAAGAAGUAUGUUCUGCUGGGCUUGUGCGCGUGCUGCUGGCUGGUCCUCUUUUACUGGGGUGGAGGAGUCCAGCUACGUCUGCUCCGGCUGCUGACACGCCAGCGGGGUGAAGUGGUGCGCCCCUGGCCCAACUGGACCGACAGGGCCUUCCUGCCCCGCUAUGCCCACCUGGAUGAGCUCCAGACGGACCCCGGGACGGCCGAGUCGCCCCGCCAGCGCCGCCAGGCGUGGUCCGCCAUUUAUAAGGACAGUCGCUGCCGCAUGGAGACCUGUUUUGACUUCUCGCGGUGUCGCCGCAGAGGAAGGGAAGGGUUCAGGGUGUAUAUAUAUCCGUCAGAGAAAACCGACCGCGUGUCUGAAAGCUACAGGAAGAUCCUGACGUCCAUAGGUGAGUCCCGGUACUUCACAGCGGACCCCCGCGAGGCAUGCCUGUUCGUGCUCGGGAUAGACACGUUAGAUCGAGACCAGCUAUCAGGACAGUUUGUGCCCAAUGUGGAUGAACGUAUCCGUGGUUACCCGCUGUGGAACGACGGGCGGAACCACCUGAUCUUCAACCUGUACUCAGGCACCUGGCCUAACUACACAGAGGACCUGGGCUUCAACAUUGGCCAGGCCAUCUUAGCCAAAGCCAGCCUCAACACAGAACACUUCAGGCCGGGCUUCGACGUCUCCAUCCCGCUGUUCUCAAAGGAUCACCCGCAGAAGGGCGGAGAGCGGGGCUGGCUGGUGAGGAGCACCAUACCGCCACGAAGGAAGUACCUGCUGAUGUUCAAGGGGAAGCGCUAUCUGACGGGCAUCGGCUCAGACACCAGAAACGCACUUCAUCACAUCCACAACGGAAAGGACAUUGUGUCGCUGACGACGUGCCGCCACGGGAAGGACUGGGAGAAGCACAAAGACGCACGCUGUGACCAUGACAACCUUGAAUACGAGAGGUUUGAUUAUCAGGAGCUCCUCCACAACUCCACCUUCUGUUUGGUUCCUCGAGGUCGACGCCUGGGCUCCUUUCGCUUCCUAGAGUCUCUACAGGCGGCGUGUAUCCCGGUGCUGCUGAGUAACGGUUGGGAGCUGCCGUUCUCUGACGUCAUACAGUGGAACCAGGCAGUUAUCGAGGGAGAUGAGAGAUUACUACUGCAGGUGCCGUCCACAGUGAGAGCAGUAGGGAACGAGAGAGUCCUGGCCCUCAGACAGAGGACCCAGAUGCUGUGGGAAGCCUACUUUUCCUCUGUGGACAAGAUAGUCCUCACCACACUGGAGAUCAUCAAGGACCGCGUGUUCUCUCACAUAUCGAGGAACAAGUACAUGUGGAACUCCCUGCCAGGAGGUCUGCUGGUCCUGCCAGAGUACUCCACGCACCUCGCACACUUCCCUUUCUACUACCUGGGAUUAGGGGUCAGUCCAGGUCAAGAGUUCACUGCUGUCAUCCAGGCUGUUUCCCCAUUGGUCUCCCAGUCUCAGCCAAUCAUGAAGCUGCUUCAGGUGGUCUCCAAGUCAAAAUACUGCUCCCAGAUCAUCAUUCUCUGGAACAGCGAGAAGCCGCCACCCAGUCGGAGCAAAUGGCCUCCCAUGCCCGUCCCCCUCACCGUGACAGACGGCAGGAGGAAGACCACCAGUCGGUUCCUACCUCACGUUGCCAUAGAGACAGAAGCAGUGCUGAGUCUGGACGAGGAUACGGUCCUGCUGACCAGUGAGGUGAACUUUGCCUUCUUGGUGUGGCGGAGCUUCCCUGAGCGGAUCGUGGGCUACCCUCCCAGGAGCCACUUCUGGGAUCCCCUGAAGCGCGCCUGGGGCUACACCUCUAAAUGGACCAACGACUACUCCAUCGUCCUGACUGGAGCUGCCUUCUACCACAGGUACUACCACUACCUGUUCUCCCACUACCUGCCCCAGUCUCUGCGGACUCUGGUGGAUCGCACCUCCAACUGCGAGGACAUCCUGAUGAACUUCCUGGUCUCUGCUGUGACCCACCUGCCGCCAAUCAAAGUGGCUCAAAGGAAGCAGUACAAAGAGCUGCCCAGUCCACAGGGUACAAAGAGCGUCCCCUGGGCCAACCCGGAGCACUUCAACCAGCGGCAGGAGUGUGUCAACGCCUUCGCCAACUGGUUUGGCUACAUGCCUCUGGUCCACUCUCAGUUUCGCCUGGACCCCGUGCUCUUCAAAGAUCAAGUGUCCGUCCUCCGCAAGAAGUACAAAGACCUGGAGAGAGCAUGAAAAACGACGGGACAGAAAGGCUGGGAAGCAUCUGGUCUAGUGGCCUUUUGGACAGACAAAUGGACCAAUCAGUGGUGGGACGGUCAAGAUGGGAUACUCAAGACUGUCUGGGAUGUUGUCCAUUUGUACAAUCAUCAGACAGACCCUGGUGGACUGUUCUGGACUAUAUACAUAUAAAUAUAAAGAGAAAAAAGGCCGAUAAAAGUUUGAAAGGAGCUUCAAAAUGAUACUCCCGUCUCCAAGACGAGAAAUUUAGGGGCCUUGAAAGAGUCCCUGUGAUUGGGCCUCUCACUGAGAAAGGACAAUCUCUAUUGGACAGCAGAAAAGGGGGACGUUUGAACACUUCAGAUGUCAGCCCUAUUGACGUUACAAUGAGAAGGAAAUGGCUAUCUCACGCCAGAAGGGACUGGUAUCGGUGCCAUGCACUCCAGCUGUCGAUGUGUGUCUCAGCGUUACUUGUGCAGGGACUGUUGCCAUGGAAACAGCUCAUUUCACAUCAAAAUGCUAACUGUAAAAUCAAUAAAAUGAUUUAUAAAUGCAAA